GUUGGUGAUGUGUUUCUUUAUGUCUCAUGUGCUGUUCUUUCUUUUCUUUUUUAAAGUAGGGAGUUGCAAAUUAGUAUUUGUACCUGAAUAGGUGUCCGGCAUCUCUGAUAAAAUAAUAUGUGGGACUGAAGAAGCAAUCAUAUUUAAUGAUAUAACAUGCUGCAAUUCCAGUUGUCCAGUGCAUUUGAGAAAUGCACUUUCUAUCAUAAGCAUUUAAAAUGAGAUUAGGAGGAGUUGUGCCUGGCUGGUUACCACCUAUUCCUGUUCACUAGAUAAAUCGUUCCAGUUCCAAAUUAACAAGAGAAGUUGUGGAGACCAAGGGUUCAUGCAGCGAACCUGCUCAUCAACAUCAAUUAAAUAACCCACAAGCUUCGACAUGAGUUUUUGGAAAUGGUUUUUCAAGCGGAAGGACCACCCAUGCCAGAGGUCAUUCUCAAUAUUCUUUUUGCUUUCGCUCUCGGUGGAAGAUAAUCGGAAUUGGUUAUUUGCGGAUUUGGCAAUCAGCUCCAAGUUCAUGACCACCUUUUUAUAGCGCAUAAUUAUAUCGCUUUCCUUCCAGGUUCGCAGAUGCAGUGGGCUUUCUCAAACAAGGUUGCUGGCUCUUCUCAGCUCCUAUCUUUCAAGGCGUUUGGAGAGGAGAGGCCAAAGAAAAUUAUCCAUGAUUCACAAACAUCUUCUGGAUCUAUGACCACACAAAUCCCAGAUGUUUCAAGCUCUAAGUGGAAACUGCAAUCCAGAGAGCCCCAGACGAGCACAAUCGAUGACAAGAAAGCACCAGAAAAAUGUGCUCUGACGAUCUACCCACAGCAACACCUUAAUGGGAUUUCAGUCCUUUAUCCCCAAGAAGUUAAGAUUUUCUCGGGAUCUAAUAGACCAAACAAGACUGCCUCUCUUCCUUCUAAAACUCCAGUUUUUCAGUCCAAUUUCUCCUCGGUUAGGGAGAAUAUGGUUUGUUCUACAGUCAACUCACAACCUGUAGGCGGAGUUCUGGUUCUACCUCCUGUUUCUUUGCUUCCAUCCACGAGUGCAACUGUUGGUUAUACUGACUAUAGGAGUGUUUCAAAACCCCCUAAGAUGCCUGCUCAGAUGACGAUCUUUUACGCUGGGUCUGUGAAUGUUUAUGAUGAUGUAUCUCCAGAGACGGCUCAGGCUAUUAUGCUGUUGGCUGGUAAUGUGGCUCACAGUAAGACUCUUGCCACAACUCAGGGUCAGGGUCAGGGAGCAAUAUCAAGAAUCACUACAGAUGAAUCUUCAAGGGGAAAUCAGCCUCAGAAUAUUUCUGCAUUUCUGGGACUUCCAAACCUCGUGUCUGUGACCUCCCAAUCUGGAUCUCCAUCAGGAGGAAAAUCUUCAUGUGACAAUGACGCAGCGACGAUGAAACCACUAGGAUCUUUUGCGUGUCCUGUUAACAAAUCAGAGACCUCCAAAGUCAUUACGCCCAUCCGACAUGGUGCAGCAUCUUUACUCCCACCUGUUGCUUUGCCUCAGGCUCGUCAGGCGUCUUUGGCUCGAUUUCUAGAGAAGCGCAAGGAACGGGUGAUAAGCUCAUCCCCUUAUGCCGUAAGCAAGAAAUCACCCGACUGUAGCACCAGCACGUCGAACGAAAUUAGCUUUUCCAUCCUCAACUCAUCUGUUCCUUGUCCACAGUCAGUGGCCAAAUAGAAACUUGUUGAUGGGAAAUUUUUGGAGAAAGCUGAAGCAAUCACCUUUGAUCCGGGCUCAGUGUUGUCGCCAACGAGCGGUCGAUCAGGAGCCAUUCAGCUUCUCAUUGUUGCAGCCUAUCAUCUUGUAUCCCCCUGUAGCAGAAUAAUCCAUUCUAUUCGCUAAGAUUGCGAAAAACUCGGCGUAAGUUAUCGCCAAAUGAGUCACUGUACAUCUCUAGAAUUCAUAAUUUGGAGAGUAAUUUCUAUGCAUAUGCGGCGUAAGAGGCUGGAGAUUUUAGUGA